AUGUCCACCCACGUCCAGGGCGACUCGAUAAAACUGCUGACAUUCAAUCUAUGGGGUCUGAAAUACGUCUCAAAGCAGCGCCAUGAACGCAUUGCGGCAUUUGCGCGCAAGCUUCGAAGCCAGCCCGACUACGACGUCGUUGCCCUACAAGAAAUCUGGACAGACGAGGAUUGGAAAUCCAUUGUCGAUCUUUGUCAGGACGUUUAUCCCUAUACACGAAGAUAUUCCUCUGGGAUUCUCACAGGCCCUGGUCUAGCAAUCCUUUCGAAGGUGCCAAUCAAACGGACGUUUUUGUACCGUUUCCCUGUCAAUGGAACACCCGCAGCCUUUUACAGAGGUGACUGGUACGUUGGGAAGUCCGUUGCUGUGACGUUGUUGGAGCCACUAUAUGAAGGCGCUUCGCCAGUGGCAGUCCUAAACUCUCACAUGCAUGCACCCUACGCACUUACCGGCAGCUCUGCAUACGCCUGUGUUAGAGCUUGUCAGGCCUGGGAUAUCGCGUCUGUUGCUCAGACGUAUAGCGAGGCCGGUUACGCCGUUAUUUUGGUUGGCGAUCUCAACUCGCGACCGGGAUCGUUACCUUAUAGAAUCAUGCAGUCCGAAGCAGGCCUCACGGACAGCUGGGAAGAAAUUCACGGUCUCACUGAUGCUGAUAAAUUGCGACAAAUGUCGCCGGAGGAUCAGAUUAAACUUGGAGGAGCCACUUGCGACUCGACACUUAACACCUGGCGUGCAGAUAGAGGCCCAGACGAGGCGUGUCGUCUGGACUACGCCCUUAUAGAUAACACUCGGCUCCGUGCUCUGGAUGCGUCCGUGCAAUUUACUGAAAAGAUUCCUGGCGUUGGCUCCUACUCGGACCAUUUUGCGUACUCUGCAACUUUCAAAGUACUUGCAAAAUCAAACAUGCUCCCAUCGAGGCCGCCAAAGUCCGAGAGAUUGCAAAUUUAUCAAGAACUCACAGAUUUGGUGGCAGAAUAUUUGUCCUCCAGAAAUUCGUGGCAGAGCCGGCUUCUUCUUUUGCACUUUUGGCUCUCUGUGUUUGUCUUCAUUGCAUUUCUGGCCGUCAUUGUCGUUGUCUCGUUCCUUGCUCCCUGGGCAUCGAUUCUUUUCCUCUUUUUUGGAGGCCUCGUGCUGGCUACCGGAUUGCUGAGCGGCCAGAUCGGAUUUCUGUUCUGCAGAUCUGAGCGCAGAGCCAUGACGGAAAUCAUUCUACAAGUGGCAGACGCUGCUCGCUUGCUACAAGACAGGUGA